GAUCAGGCCGGGGCGGCGAAGGGGAAAUGACUCGGCGACGCCGCGGCGCUUCCUGGGGCGGCGAAAGCCGGAGGCCGCGGUCGAGGCCUCGCGUGGGCCCCCGCUCGCCAUGGAGCCCGAGACGGAUGGCGGCCUCCGCGGUGACCCGGGCCCCCCCCAGCCCGCCGGCCCCCCUGGAGCUGCGGCUGCGACGCCUCGAAGAGGAGCUGGCGCUGGUGAAAGCGGCGCUGGCGGACGCCCUACGACGCCUCGGCCUCUACGACCAGCACCUGCCCCGGCUGCUGCGGCACCUGCCCCACGCCAACGGUGCCAUCCCGGAGCCCUGCCUGCAGCUGGACCCCAAUGGGCCCCCCCUUGCCCCCCCCGGCCCCCCUCAAACCAUCAGCGUGGGGACGCAGACGGAGGAGACAGCCCCAAGCCCGGAGGCGCCGGGAGCCAGCGGGGACCAGGGGACCCCCCAGGAACCACCCCCUCCGGGGUCCCCCCCGUGCCCCCCGGCACCCACCCCAGCCUCCCCGGAGCCCCCGGCUCCCGAUUCCCCCCCGGCAGCCCCCAGCCCGGCCCCACGGGGUGCCCGCAAAGAGCUCCUGCGCAGGCACAGCUCCUCCUCCGGCAGCGCCAGCCCCCGGCAGCGCCUGAGCAGGAAAGCGGCUUCGUCCGCCAACCUCCUGCUGCAGGCGGGGAGCCCCGAGAGGGUCGCGCCGCGGGAACUACAACCUGGGUGAGGCUCGGGGGCAUCGGUCCGUCCGUCCGUCCAUGGGGCGGGGGCCGGGGGCCGUGGGGUGACCCCCGGCGUCCCCGCCCCACAGAGGGGGUGUCGGUGAAGAUGUUCCUGCGGGGCCGCCCCAUCACCAUGUACGUGCCCUCGGGGCUGGGCCCCUACGGGGGGCUGCGGGCCGAGCUGCCCCCCGAGCGCCUCCAGCUCGACUGGGUCUACGGGUACCGGGGCCGGGACAGCCGCUCCAACCUGCACGUGCUGGCCUCGGGCGAGCUGGUGUACUUCAUCGCCUGCGUCGUCAUCCUCCUGCACGUCCCGCGCCGCCGCCAGCGCCACUACCUGCGCCACAGCGACUGCGUGCGCUGCUUGGCCGUGCACCCCGACCGCCUCCGCGUUGCCACGGGGCAGGCGGCCGGCGUCGACAAGGACGGCAAGCCGCUGCAGCCCAUCGUGCACAUCUGGGACUCGGCCACGCUGCUCACGCUGCAGCAGAUCGGCCUCGGCAGCUUCGAGCGGGGCGUGGGCUCCCUCGCCUUCUCCACCGCCGACCAAGGCGCUUACCUCUGCGUGGUGGACGACUCUAACGAGCACAUGAUGUCGGUGUGGGACUGCGCCCGCGGCACCAAGCAGGCGGAGGUGAAGAGCACGAACGAGUCGGUGCUGACGGUGGAGUUCAACCCCCAGGACAGCAGCAGCAUCAUCACCAGCGGCAAGUCCCACGUCUACUUCUGGACCUGGAGCGGGGCCACGCUCACCAAGAAGCAGGGCAUCUUUGGGAAGUACAAGAAGCCCAAGUUCAUCCAGUGCUUCAUCUUUGAUGCUGCCGGGGACGUGCUGACGGGCGAUUCCGAGGGCAACAUCCUGACCUGGACCCGUGCCGCUGGAGACGGCCGCACACCGGGGAAGGGCGGCAAAGAGACGUACCAGAUCGGGCAGCAAACCCGGGCACACGAGGGCAGCAUCUUCGCCCUGUGCCGCCGGCGAGACGGGACGGUGCUGAGCGGCGGCGGCAAAGACCGGCGGGUGGUUUGCUGGAGCCCCGCGCUCGUCCUGCUGCAGGAGGCCGAGCUCCCCGAGCGCUUCGGGGCAGUGCGGACCAUCGCGGAGGGACCCGGGGACGAGCUGCUGGUGGGGACGACCCGCAACGCCCUAUUGCGGGGGACGCUGGCCACUGGCUUCACCCCCAUCGUGCAGGGGCACACGGACGAGGUGUGGGGCUUGGCCACCCAUCCCAGCUGCUGCCUUUUCCUCACUUGCGGCCACGACCGGCAGCUCUGCCUGUGGGAUGGGCAGGAGCACGCGCUGGCCUGGAGCCUGGCACUGGAGGACACGGGGCUCUGUGCUGACUUCCACCCCGGGGGGCAGGUGGUGGCCGUGGGGCUGCUCACGGGGCGGUGGCUAGUGCUGGACACAGCAACGCAACAGCCGCUGGCCGGCGGCUCGGAUGGCAACGAGCAGCUCUCGGUGGUGCGGUUCUCCCCGGACGGCUCCUUCCUGGCCAUCGGCUCCCACGACAACUUCAUCUACAUCUACAGUGUCACCGAGGGCGGACGCAAGUACACCCGCUUUGGGCGCUGCACGGGCCACUCCAGCUUCAUCACCCACCUGGACUGGUCCAAGGACGGCCGCUUCGUCAUGUCUAACUCAGGGGACUAUGAGAUCCUCUACUGGGACGUCGCCGGGGGCUGCAAACUGCUCCGCAACCGUUUCGAGAGCCGGGACCGGGAAUGGGCGUCCUACACCUGCGUGCUGGGCUUCCACGUCUUUGGCGUCUGGCCCGACGGCUCGGACGGCACCGACAUCAACUCCCUGUGCCGGUCCCACCACGAACGCGUGGUGGCCGUGGCAGACGACUUCUGCAAAGUUCAUCUCUUCCAGUACCCCUGUGCCCGCCCCAAGGCGCCGAGCCACGUGUACGGGGGCCACGGCAGCCAUGUCACCAACGUCCGCUUCACCCACGACGACGGGCACCUCAUCUCCCUGGGGGGCAAGGACACCAGCGUCUUCCAGUGGCGGGUGCUGGGGGGGCCACCGCCCCCCUGCAGCCGCUCACCCAGCGCCCCGGAGCCUGGGGGGGACCCCGAUCCGCGCUGAGCCCCCCCCCCCCCUUCCUCUGCUGCUUCCUCUUCCUCCUUCCCCUCCUCGCCCUCCUGGGGACCAAGGUGGGGCUCAGCCCCCCCCUAUUUUCACGCUGCACUGUGAGAGGCACCAAUAAAGCCUGGGGUCAGGG